AGAAUCAUGUCGGCGAGCACAAACCGCAAGAAUGGUAAGCAAGCGUCUUGCGAACCUUGCCGUAGAGGCAAAGUGCGAUGCGAUCACCGCAUGCCUAUCUGUGAUCGUUGCCGCCGACGCAACAUGGAUGCCGAAUGUUAUUAUCAUCCCGCUCCACUGACUCGACCGACUAAACGCAUUCGUAUGUCGUCCUCAGACCAUCACGAACUGGGUUCAACUGAAGUGAGCGCAUGGGACUCUCCAGUGGCUCCACCUUCAAACAACAAUCGCGAUCACGCAGACACCUUUGUCAGCGAUAACAAUCCCAGCAGUCACCCGCUUGAAUCUGCUCGUGUUCCGGAUAGCACACCAACUGGGGCGCUUCCCUCAUUGCUUUCACUUCAAGGCCUCGAUGAUACAAACACGCGACACAUUAUUCACGCUGCAGUGUAUGAUGAUCGUGGCAACAAAACGCACGAAGGAGACGUGCUCUCCAUAGCCCACAUUCUGAAUCAUGUUCAGCACUCUGUAACUAUCAAGAAACUUGUAACGGAAUACUACGAACUGGGUCAGGCUGCUGUAAUCCCACGUCCGCUUGUGCUGUCUGCCCUUUCUGACUUUGAACGAAUAUACGAGGAAGUCUUUCAACAUGGAGCAGCUGCUGGUGAUGCCACUAGUAGAGCUGCUUGUUUACUAGUGGCUGAGCGCAUCUGGCGUGCUUCGACAUCAAAGAUGGACGUGACUCUGACUACCUCUCUGGAAGAAUUUCGAAGCUGCUAUACUGGAGAUAACCUCCGGGUGGAAACCAUCGGUCUGAUUUUCACCCUUGCUGCCCGUGCAGCUCGUGUGUACCAUUUCCAUACCGAUAUGGACGUGCACGAUUUUGUCCAAGCCAUGUUUCAGGGCAGCGCAAAAUGCGUACAUUUGGCGCGAGAGCUAGCGACAGACAUGAACGAUGUCAUCGUAUGGUUGUCGUACGAAAACCUGCGUGUUACCACAAGUAUACAAGGAUAUGCUGGUCCGAAUGUCUGGCGCCGACUUGGUGAUGUGUCUACCGACCUGCUCGCUCUUGAAGUGCACCGGGAAGCUGCCCUCGCCAACGUUCCAUUCUUUCUUGCCGAAUGUCGAAGGAGAAUCUUCGCCACUGCAUACGAUUGGGACAAAUUCCUCGCAACACUCUUCGGUCGUCCACCUAGAAUCCUUAGCUCAUACGCCGAUUGUCGUUCGCCGCUCGAACUUACUGAUGAUCUGCUGUGUCUAGGUAGACUUAGCGAUGAACAACAGGCUUCCUUCGAACUGACGGGCGGAUGGGCUACUGAGAACUCUCCCUGCAGUGCAACUUGGAUUCGGGCGAUUCACAUUCUCUCCCAUUUCAAGGAGGAAGCGCUAUUACAUCAUCUGAAACCUCUUGAUCGUGAGACAAGAUCAAAACUCGAGUCAGUGCAUCCAUACAACCCUGUCGAGAUGAGAUAUAUCAUGCUGACCGUANNCAUUAAGAGAUAUAGCAAGGAGNNAUGCAGGAAAUCCUGGGAGACCUUACCGAAACGUCUACAUUACGACUCUUCUUGUUGGAGGUCUGAUCUGAGCCACAUGACGUGCCUGAGGUUGGCAGAAGUUUAUCUCACUUACCUGCAGACACAAUUCUACAUUGACCGCUUACUGGCCGUGGGCGAUGCGAGCUGCUCACCACAUCUCGUUCAGACAUGCUCAAGUCUGAUUGAAAUGUCUCUUGAGCUCGGUAGCUUCCGUUCCCGAUCCAACUAUGAUGUCUACCGCAAUUUCAGAGCAAGUACUGCUCUCAAGACUGCAAGGAGCACUAUGAGCCGUGCAAAGUUCGCAGACUUGCUUCGUCUUGUAUCCAUAAGACGUCUCUAUGUCUUCGUCUCUUUAUCAGAAAAUGUGUAUCGGCCGGAAGAUGCGAAUUAUGCGAUCUGUUUGAAAGCAUCGGGACUGAUCUCUCGUGCAAUGGAUGGAGUGCUCGAACACGUCUUAUCGGGUUUCGCCAACGAUACGCAGCAAUCAGAAAAUGGACUCACAACAAGCAAUUCCACGAUUGAUGUCCAGGACUCGACGUCGCUGAAUGAUGCAGCAGGCAUGUGGCAAGUAGACACCACUCUUGAGGCGAUGACGGACUGGGAUGCAGCCGCUUUAAUGGACAUGAACGAUUGGAUGGAAGGAAUCGAUUGGACAAACGUCAGCGGAGGAGUAUAG